AUCCCAUUAGUUUCUCUACUAAGGAUAGUAAAGUAAUAGAACACGCCGAGUUGCCAGUGGUGACAGACGAGCUAUCAGUGACGUUACGACAGAAUCUCCUCAAUAAAAAUCCUAAUUGGACAUCUGUUUUUCAUAAAGGCUUUAACGACAUAGACCGUACGCCCUUAAUCUGGUUGACACCAAACUACUAUUCAGUGCCACAUGUCCGCUUCUCGCUAAACGAUAACCCUAAUACAGGAAUCGAUUCGGUUGGUCGCGGUCUUUCUCUGAACCAAUGGUACCAUUUAGCUUACACACUUUCUGAGCCACAAAAACGAUUGGAUUUCUACAUAGACGGGAAAUGGAUCGGAUUACAAAGCAUCCAGCAAGUCCAGAAACAACAAAUUUUAUUCAAUAAUGCACCGCUAUACAUCGGAACCGCUCCUUUCAGAGAUGGAUUCACCGGUCAAAUUAGUAAUUUUCGCUAUUACAACUGGAGUUUAUCUGCUGAUGAGGUAAUGAGUACAAAUACGAACGCAUCAACCAUACCAACACCUACAGCCACAUGCAUGCUCACAUCAAAUGGAAAAGGAAAUAUUAACGAUAUUGCUCUUAUUGCUAUCAUAGGUGUUGGUGCUUUUUUAUUG